AUGUCUCGUGUCAGUUCAUCAAUCAAAUCUUCCAAACGCACUCAGGGCAAGUCUACCCAAACCACCUCCAAGUCCCUCACGAAAACUACCGUCAAAAUCCAUGAGGCCCCAACCAGCCGCCUUUUGACACAACUCACUCGCUUGCAGGACCAAGAAGCCGGCUGGAAUCAGACAACGUUUGAUCUCUCGGUUUCAAAACCCACCAUCGCCGUCGUCUAUGAUAAAAAUGGAGCCAUAGUCGGGUCUGGCACUCUGAAUGCCAUGUCCCCUCAAAGCUUUUGGAUGGGCAACGUGUUUGUUGCCGAGAGCAUGAGGCGCCGUGGAAUUGGUUCCAAGUUGGUCUCGGAGCUUCUGAGCCACGCUGAAGCAAAGAAGAGCCGAUCUUCCGUUGUCCUCACCUCCACAGAUCUCGGAAUGGGAAUGUACAGCCGCCUCGGCUUUAAAGUCGUACCUAGCAUCAAGAUCGUCAUGUACGCAAGACCGCCUACAGUCGCCCCGACUCGUUCCAGCCUCAAGCCAAGAGUCCCAAGCAAGGCCGAACACGAAGAGGCAAUCAAGUUCGAUGAAAAGUCCAAUGGUGCAUCACGCGCAUCGAUGCUGCGGAGCAUCUAUAAGCAGUACGGGAUGUGUGCAGUUUUGAAGUCUGGCUCGUCUAUCGUGGCAGUUGCGUGGGGUCGGUACCUGGCAAGUCCUACAAAGGACCACCAGCCGGAGUUACAAAUCGGACCCGUAGUUGCAAAGAAGUCUGAGUAUGCGGCUAGCGUGACCGGGGAGCUUCUGAGAAUGGACCAGGGCGGGCGUUCUGCAAAGAAGGGUAUGUGUGGGAGUGCAAUGGUUCUAUCUGUGCAGCGAGGGAAUGACAGCAAGCCUGGGAUGCGGGCGUUUGAGUCAGUUGGAUUUAUGAAGAUGGGAGAGAUGCCGUACAUGCGGAAGACACUUGGGAGGUCUUCGAGUUCAUCUGAUUCGAAGCUAGACCUUGUACGGGCAAGCUCAUCAUACCAUGCGAUGGCAUGGUGGGAUCUUGCAUAG